AUGUCGCAAGGUGAAGGAUCUGCAUUCUCUGGCGAAAAGUAUGGUCAGAAAUCGUCGUUUUCUAAAAGCAAUUUUGGCGCUUCUGCGUCCUUGACCACUGGUGGCAUAAGUGCGAUGAUGUCUGGCAAAGGCCACAGCAAUGUUGGCCAUAGACCUCAAGAAUACGAGACAAAAGAGUUGCGGAAAGUACCGAAAUCUACGCUCUCAUCGCAAUUGAGACAUUCUAUCAAUGAAGGAAAGAGAGGGAAUAACCCAAUUCCAUUUACGGAACGAGAUAAUUUAGACGGCCGAAGGGGAAGUGUUCCUUUAGAUUCAACGAAGGUUUCUUCUGAAUUGUCGCAAGGGAAUAAUUCGUCUACAGUUGUUGAUACUUUAUGUACUCACUAUUUACCAACCAUACUUUCUACGCAUGGCUCGUUACCCAUUCGACAAUUAAUGUUGAUGUUGAGCGAAACAUACCCGAUGUUUAAUGUACUAAGUCCGACACAACAACGAAGGGCUUUAACAAAGGCGCUCGAAUCUCAAAAGGGGGUCAUGUUUGACAAAGUUGGUUGGGGGCGUUGGAUUCUUCGGGAAGACGCAGUUUCUACAUCCAUUGAGAGACCUUCGUCCUCGGCGCCCAAUGUUAGCUUUUUUGAGAAGGAUCAAGAAAGAGAUGUCAGCAUUCCACAAACAUCCACCAAAUCGCCUUCCCAUAACCAAAGGAUAGAAAAAUCAGAAUCGACCUUGCCCAAAGAAGAAGAAGUGUCAAAGAAGGAAGAUGAUAUGGAAAUAGAUACAGAUAUGGAUGUUCCGGUCAAGCAAACUAUUGCAGAUUCUAGAAGCACGAUGGUUCACCAUAAAAAGUCGAACAAGGAGGAAACUCCUGGAAGCUACACGGCGCAUUUGGGUGGUCUGGUGAGUCCUCGAGAACAAACGCCUUCGUUAUUUUGUGGACAAUACCAUGAUAAUGGUGUAUAUUAUGAAGAAGAAGAUGAAGAUGAUGACGAAAACGACUUUUAUGAAGACGACAAUGAAGAUGAUUCGGUAAUGCCACCUUUUGUCUUGGAUGAAGAUCAAGUUCUGGAUGGUGGUGGAGAAAGUACAGACGAAGAAGAUUGGCGUGGCAUUGGAACGGAAGCACUUUUACGGAAAGGAAAUGCGGUACCGUUGCGCCGUUUAUCAAAAGGGAUGUUACGAAAAGAUCAAAUGGCAGCAGAAGCGAUGUUGAUGCUUCAUGGGUCUCUUUAA